AUGGCCUCUUUACUACUAUACCUAGAUAUAAAUUUGUAUAAGGGAUUUAAAGAUUACGACUUUAUGGUACUAACGGGUAAGGAAAAUAAAAUCCUUCGUCUUACUAAUGCCGAAAACGAGGAGCCGCGGGGAGGGGGUGAGGAAAAUAUAGCUAGGGGAGAAUCUUCGAUAGAUAUUAAUAUAGAAGAGUACGUAGGCGAAUAA